ACUCACAGACUAAAAGCAAGCAGCAGCUCCUUGACACAGAGCAGCAUCGGGACUACAUCACAUCUCUCGAGACUCAAGCAUACUCUAUAUUUACUCCAGCAUGAAGCCGAGGAGACUGCUGCUAUCCGUGGCUCCUUUGCCUACAAUAACAGAGAUGCACGAGGAUGCCUCACAGACGGGAUGCUCCUCACACUCUAUGGAGGAAUAUGUCGACUCCAUUAAAAAGCUGGCCCAGCCUGCAUAUGGCCCUGUGCGGGUUGCGCGGACUCUGAGGCCUCGUCUCUUUUCCAAGCCUCUGGACAAACACUUGGGAAGUAGCAGUUCACUUCACUGCUCCUACAGGACCCCACGGUCACGUGUAACCACCACACUGGGUCUGGAUGAGCUCACACACAGUUUCAGUAGCCACAGAGACCCAGUGGACUGGCUCUUUGCACAGACACAGUUACCUGCACCUCGAGAUGAGCUGCACAGGACUGAGAGUGCACCAGCUGCCCUGAGGUUACUGUAAUAAAGUGCACACAGAGGAACUUCAUUGCACUGGACUGAGAAACGAUACACUGGAGGAUGUUGGACGUGGAUUAAUAUUGAUAAUAGCUUAAUUUAUUUGUGUGUGUGUGUGUGUGUGGGGGUUGUAUUUAUGUUUACACUGUAUGGUUUGAAAUAAAGUUUAAAAUUUUUGACGUGGUAAA